UCUAUCCCUAGACCCCAUGCUAGCAAGCAAGCCAGCCUAAAACACUGGCCUUUGCUUUCCCUAUAAAAUCUCAACAAACCCCAACCCUGUACCUUCUCUUCAGCUCCUAUUGACACACAAACACACAGGAAAAGAUCGAACACCAUGAGCCGCAGAAGGAUAAGCAGUGCAGUCCUUGUGGUUGCCUUGCUCUUCUCCCCAUUAUUGCUCACGCUCUACCUUCCCACUGCCUGCGCUCGCCAUGUGGCGGUGCUCGGGGCAAAAGAUGACCUGAAUCUCGCCGUCGGCCGGCAGCAUGUGGUUGGUGAUGAUGCAGGAAAGGCCGUCCCUGUCGGCGGCUCACGGCCAGUUAGGACGGUGGAGAUGCGCGCGGCGAGGAGGCACCGGCGGGACGCGGCCGACGAGAUGCACGACAUGCUGAGGAAGGACUACGCGUAUAGGGCGAGGGGCAAAAAGCCCAUCCACAACGACGAGCCACUCGACGAUGAACCCUAAAUCAGGCCCGUAGCUAGGUACAUAGUUAUAGAAACUCAGCUAGCUAGAGCCGCUCUCUGAUUUACUACUACUGCUAGUUAGCUAGAUUUGCAGGCUUUGCAGGAUACAUAUAGCUUAGGGACCCAAAUAUUAUGGAACAAGAAUGCCUGGGUUGGCUAGGUAGUUUAUUAUUAGCUGGUCAACCUUAAUCUAGCAUCCAAGCUGGCCAUCACGUUUAGUCCUGAUUUGCAAGAACUACUGGUAGGAGAAGUUCAUGCGAAGAAGGGGCAGUUUUGUGCAUGAUGUGCACGCUUGGGGGCUAUGCUAACCUUGUACUAUAUGUAUGUCAGUGUUACAUUUGGCAAUUUACAUGUGGCUGUGUGGAUUUUAGCAAGAAAGUGUGUGUCAACAUC